AUCAUCCCGCGGAAGAAAGGCGUCUCGGAAGAGAGAUCAGUUUGCCGCAACUGGCCGUCGCGUACGCGUCCAAAAAGAGUCCGUUCUGUAUUCUUUCGUGGAGAGAACCAUGCAGGCUGGUCCAAAAGGAUCGAGGAACGCGAUGUGUCGUCCUUUGCAAUGGACAUCGUCCUUGAUCCUGCUGCUCGCCGCGGCUCACGCGACUUCGAGGCAGCCCCAUAUCAUUUUUAUUAUGGCAGACGAUUUGGGAUGGAAUGAUGUCGGGUUUCAUGGUUCCGGUCAGAUCCCAACUCCGAAUAUCGAUGCUCUGGCAUACUCCGGAUUGCUGCUCGACAGAUAUUAUGUCACACCGAUCUGUACACCAUCCAGAAGCGCUUUUAUGACCGGCAAAUAUCCUAUCCACACCGGAAUGCAACAUGGCGUUCUCAAAGGGGCUGAGCCUAGGGGAUUGCCACUUCAUGAGAAGAUUCUGCCGGAAUAUCUGCGAGAUCUCGGCUAUAGCACGCAUAUCGUCGGCAAAUGGCACUUAGGAUUUUACAAAAAGGAGUACACUCCGACUUAUAGAGGAUUCGACACCCAUACUGGAUUUUGGACAGGUCAUCAAGAUUAUUUCGAUCACACAGCCGUUGAAAAUCCUUAUUGGGGCUUGGAUAUGAGACGGGGUAUGGAACCGGCAUGGGAUCUUCACGGUGAAUAUUCCACGGACAUUUUUACGAAGGAAGCAGUGAGAUUGAUCGACAAUCACAAUUCUAGUCAGCCGAUGUUCUUGUAUCUUGCUCAUGCGGCUGUGCACUCUGGAAACCCGUAUAAUCCGCUUCCAGCUCCGGACGAAGAAGUCGCUAAAUUCAAUAAUAUCUUCGAUUAUAAUAGAAGACUUUUCGCAGGUAUGCUGAGUAAACUGGAUGACUCGGUAGGUCAAGUAGUUGAGGCUCUGCUUAAGAACAACAUGUUACGAGAUAGUGUAAUCGUUUUUUCGACGGACAACGGUGGACCAGCCGCUGGAUUUAAUUUGAACGCAGCGUCUAAUUGGCCGCUGAGAGGCGUCAAAAAUACUCUUUGGGAAGGUGGCAUCAGGGGUACAGGAUUAAUAUGGUCACCCAGAUUAGUGCGUCCUGGCCGAGUGAGCAGACAGAUGAUGCAUAUUACUGAUUGGCUGCCGACACUUAUAACUGCUGCAGGUGGCAAUGCGUUCAAUUUAACUUCGAUCGACGGUAUGGAUUUGUGGAAUGCACUUAGCGAGGACACCGAAUCGCCUCGAACAAAUAUUCUGCACAACAUCGACGAUAUUUACGGCGUGUCCGCUAUUACGGUCGGCGAUUGGAAGCUCAUUCAGGGGUCCACUUAUAACGGAGAAUGGGACGGAUGGUACGGUCCAUCCGGCAGGGAAUGGAUCUACAAUGCAAGUGGUGUAAUUAGCAGCACGGCGGCACACGCUGUCUCCAGUGUGGGAUUAAGUGUUACCACGGAAAUUAUCGGGAUGUUGCGUGAAAACGCGAUGAUUAAGUGCCCGCCAAGAAACGACAGUCUGCCGAUCUGCAAACCGCUAGAAGAGCCAUGUCUCUUCAACAUCUAUCAGGAUCCUUGCGAGGAUAAUAAUCUUGUCAAGCAGUUCCCCACGAUCGUUAGAAAGCUACAGGAUGAACUGAAGAAAUUGAACCACACCGCGCUUUUGCCCGGAAAUCUUCCGUGGGAUAGUAAAGGCGAUCCUAAUCUAUGGGAUCAUACUUGGAAUAAUUUUGGAGAUUAUAUUAAUAAUGUUAUGAUGAGUGCUACAGUCUCAUGAUUGAUUAUAAUAAAUUUUGUUUCUGCUAGAUAA